GCAUGUAGAAGUCUUCUUUUCACCUGAGGACCUCUGUGCAAAUCAGAGCCACUUCCAACAACAGCAUCCUACAGUGAUGAAGUGCAACCAUCUCGUCUCCUGGGCCUUCGUGCUCGUGGCCUCUGGCCCCCUGCUGGCCCACCCAAUUACAGAAUCUGCUGAGAUACCCUAUCCAGGACCUGUAUCAGUGGAGGACCGAGGGAUCGGCUCGCUGGAUGAUCUGUCUCUCUCUGAGCAAACCUUCCCUCCACAGGAUGGUGCUGGCCUCAGAUAUUCCACUCUGAUAUCUGGGGAGAUUAACAGAGAUGGUGUCAGAACAGCAGGCCUGCUUCCGAGGGGGAUGAAGAGAGAGGUUCUACUGGAGAAACAAAGUCUCCUAAAUCCUUUCAGCCACGUGCUGGGCAUCCGGAAACAGUUCAGGAAGAGAGCAGGGAAUUCAGAGUGUUUCUGGAAGUACUGUGUCUAAAGGGCAUUGAUGCUACACACAAGAGGCAGGGCUUGCACUAAGAGAAAUAUCCCCAUCUUGCACUCACACAAGUACAUGCAGACUAAAUAAAUAAAUAAGAAACACCGUGCAUGCAUAAACUAUAUGUGCACAAAAUCCAUGCCCAGGUGCAUGUACUUACACACACACACACAUUCAUAAACAGGAGCGCUGUCAGUAUUCGCUAUCAAAAAGAACAAUUCCAGAAGUAUGAUUGAGACAUGCUGCAUGGGGACUUUAAAAUGAUUUAUUAGGAUUUACUUGUAUGCUGUAUGAAACUAUGUCCACACAUUUGUUAGAAGUCCUUGGUUGUCAAAUGUAUGGCCAAAUGCCUCUAAGAUGUGAAAAGUUAUACAGUACUGUAUGUUGAAUAUAAAUUAAAAAAAAACCUGUAUUAUAAAUAAAUAUUGUCUCUGCUAACAGUU